AUGCUGAAGACGUGGCGGAUCCAGAGAGUCCACAUUCUCCGUGGGUGCCUCAGUGACCCUGAACUCUCGGAGGGCAUAAUGUAUAGGUACGGAGGCACUCUUCAGCUGAACCACGUACCUGGUGAAGGUGCCAAAGUCCCUAUCUGGAUCCCUGUCAGAGGCACGUCACAGCAAGAGGGGUACCAUUUCCACCAGGCUCAAUGGGUCACUGGCACGAACGUCUCCCCUGAAUUGUUCCAGGCCCAGGGCAUGACAGGGGUAGCCCGGUGGAACUACCAGCGGCUGGUGGAUCUUAAACAGCCAGGUGUCAUCCUCCCCGCUGUUUUUGACCCAGCUCUGAUGUGCGAGCUGAACGCUGCAUCUAUGCGAGUGACAGGGCAGGAGAAGUAUCCGGCAUUUCUCCUCUCUGACAGGGACACUGGAGAGAGGUUCGGCCUCCAGUACAGCGAGCCAGGCUGCCGUCCUGUCCCGCUGGACUGGGACAAGCACAGGACGCUCAAGAGGGAUCAGCCUGCUGCUCAGAUGCCGCCGCCGCCUCCCCUGCAUACACCUGCUGCUCCUGCUGAGGAACAAGCUCACGAUGUGCCAUUCUCUGGACCGGCACCAUCCAUCCGCCCUCCAGUCUCUGCUGGUGCUCUGCCAAAGCAGGAGAUGCCACCUGAAGAAGUUCAGGGUCCUUCAGCAGCAAGGGGUAAGCCAGAAUCAGAAAUGAUUUAUUUAUCCCUGCAGGAACAUUACAGUUACAGAACAUUACAGACAUUACAGUUGCUUGUCAUAAUAUUGUACUAAAAUAACAUGAUUAACUGAGGAACUAUUAUUGCUUUAUGUGUUCCAGAAAUCUCACAUGCCCUCCCCCUGCCUGUGAGUGCCUCCCCACGAAGUGCCCGCACUGGUCCCAUAAAAACUGGAGGCAGAGUUUUUGUGUUGGACCACACACGCUGGACAGCGCCCAUGAAGGUGGCAAUCGAUAAACUGCUGCAGAAGCACCACGGCCGGAAGGACAGCCUGAAGCUUGUGGAUCAGGAUUAUGCUGAGAUGGUCCAUCAGUCAGCCACAGAUCCAAACAGCUUGCUGCACCCCACCACCAAGCUCCACAUAUCUAGAUAUGUGAGGCACCUGGCAAAGCUCCUUAACACCAGCUCCUCCUUGAACACUAGCCCGGAAAAACUCGAGGAAACCCAGCAGCUGUGGCACUCUUUAACAGAGGGGAGUGUCACGUCUAGCGUUCCUGUGGUCACCAUGGAGGCGGCUAUUGUCAGGCCCCCUACACCUGCCCUGCCCACACCUCUGACCCAAGACUCCCUGGAGAAAAUUGUGGAGGGCAUCUUGGAAAAACAGCAGCAGUAUCAGCAACAACAGCCCCAGCCAGAGCAGAAGAAAAGGCAGACAAAGACUUGUCUCGCUUGCGGACAGCCCAAGUCUCGAUACGAGACCGAUGGAUCCUCGGUCCACUUUUUUUACCAGCAGGGGCCCGUCCGCUAUUUCUACUGCUCAAAGAAAGUGCAUCAAAGCUAUGCUGCUGAGGGGCUUUCAGAUGCCAAGAUGCCCUUCGAGGAGUUUGCGCAGACGGAGUUUUUCCAGAGGGAGCUGGAGGAAACAAAAACGGGUGGAGGAGAAAAAAAGGAAACAGCCAGACACACAUCAAGCUGGCCGCCUCUGUCGGUUCUGUCAGCAGGGACUGAAACAGGGGCCAAACAGUCCUCACGUUCAUACUGGCUUCCCAGGAGUGGCAGGGAAAUAUAUUUACUGCCCUUCGAAGGUGCUGUCUCUAUAUCGCAGCAAGGGAAUGACCAGGGAGCUGAGCUGGAAGGAGUUUUGUGGGUCUCCUUUCUAUGA